AUGGGGGGGGGCAUCGGCGGAAGCAGCAGCAACACUGGUGGUGGCAUGGGCGGUGGCAGCAUAGGCAGCAUAAGUCCCAUGCCUGGUGGCGGGAAUAUCAAUAGCAUUAGCAAUAGCAGUAUGAGUGGUGGCGGUAAGAUGGCGAAUGGCUUAGGUUGCGCAGGUGGGGGGAGUGGCGGUGGUGGGGGGAGUGGCGCAAGUGGCGCAGGUGCAGGGUCUGGCGGGGGUAGCGGAAGUACCUCACAAUCGCUUGGCGCGCAGCCGUCGUUGCUAAGCAAUGGCGCGGCGCCGGGGGGGAGCUUCGAGGCGGAGAGAUUAAGGACGUACCGCCAGUGGUUCCACGAGCUGGACGCGCAGCGCAGCGAGUUAAUCUCCUCCGGCACCAAAGGCCCGGUUCUUAAGUGUCUGCAGGAGAUGGUGAUGCUGGGCACCAAGCUCGGCGCGCUGCUAUUGGAGUGCGAGAUCCGCUGUCUGGAGGAGCUGGUGAUGCUGGGCACCAAGCUCGGCGCGCUGUGCUGCUCGCCCAUAGGCGCGGACGCCACCAGGCUCUCUGCCCCGGCUGCCACUGCCAUCCCCGGCAAGCCCCGCCUAGGUGGUGGGGUGGACUCCUGGCCAUCAGAUGAUCCCCUAUCUCCAGUGGACGGCCUAGAUCUCUCGCUGGUCACGGACAUGCUGCUCCUCUCUGCCACGUCACCAUGGACUGUCUACGUGGCAGAUAGGACAAAUUGGCGGCUGUGCUACGUGUCUCCCAGUGUGCGCGCCACGCUAGGAUGGCGCCAGGCAGAGCUGGUGGGGGAGCAUGCCUUUGCAGCGUGCCAUGCAGACGACCUGCCACGCAUCCAGCGCAUGAUAGACGACCGCCGCUUGACAGAAGACCGCCGCUUGCUAGACGACCGCCGGUCGCCGCCCCUCUCCCUCACGCCGCCCACCGCCUCUGCUGCUUCACGUCUGUUCCGAUCCGGGUCAGCUGGGAGUCCGAGAGGGGUGGGCGUUGGGGAUUCGCUGGGUAGCAGCCCGGGCGGCAGUGCGGGCGGCCAGUGCGUCUUUUAUCGGCGGUUGCGGCGGAACAGGAGCUACGCGACGGUGCAGGCCACUGGGAGGGCUCUGGGCGCGAGGUGGUUUGCAUGGAUCGAGUUUGUCACUGACGACUCCUCAGCCCCUCUGCCCCCACUCGAUCAUCAUUAUACGGAUCCGUCCAUCCCCCCCUCCUCUUGUCUCUCUUCACCCCCUCCUCUUGUCUCUCUUCACCCCCUCCUCUUGUCUCUCUUCACCCCCUCCUCUUGUCUCUCUUCACCCCCUCCUCUUGUCUCUCUUAACCCCCUCCUCUUGUCUCUCUUCACCCCCUCCUCUUGUCUCUCUUCUUCACCCCCUCCAACCCCCUCCUUCCCCCCCCAGUCGUUGGACAACUGGUCAUCCGAUCUCACCAUGUCCCCGUCCACGCUGCUCUCCCCCAUGGAGUCCCCCUCCAGCCCCCACACCAUCGCCGCCGCCCUCAAGCGCCGCCCGGGCGGCAUGGGCGGCAGCAGCCUAAGCGCGGGCGGCUUAAGUGCCGGCGGCUUGAGUGGGGGAGGUUUAGGCGGGGGAGGUUUAGGCGGGGGAGGUUUGAGCGGGGGAAGUCUAAGUGUGGGUGGUUUGAGUGGCGGUGGUUUAAGUGGUGGAGGGUUGGGCGGUGGGAGUUUAAGUACUGGUGGUUUGGGUGGGGGCGGGCUGAUUUCCGAUGAUUUAGGGGGUCCUGGGGGAGUGGGUGUGGGUGGUGGGGGUGGUGGCGAAUUCAGAAGGAAGCUUGAGACCAUGCGCCUGGACCUAGCUGGAGGAGGCGCUGGGAAGAACUGGGGUGGGGGGGGAGGAGGGGGCGGGGGAGGGGGCGGAGGAGGGGGAGGGGCGGGGGGAGGCGCAGGGGGAGGGGGGAGCGGAGGGGAGGGCGUGGGGGGGCGGAAGGGGGAGAAGGCGUGGGGGCAGCACCUGGGGACGGUGAAGGAGGGGAAUGAGGAGAAGGGGGCGUAUGCUCGGCGGCUGUUGAACAACCUGUGGGAAUACAAUAGUGAGAUGGACGGGCUUUCCAAGGAGUCCAGCCAGCAGAACAGCAGUCUGGACUCCAACGAGGAGGUGCAGCAGAUUGUGAAGAUGCGAGUUGAGAUGGAGCGACAGGCAUCAGCAGCAGCAGCAUCAGCCUCCCACGGCUCCUCCACCCGCCUUGGCAUGGGCAUGGGCAUGGGCAUGGGCGUGGGGAUGGGCAUGGGCGGGAUGGGCAUGGGGAUGGGCGGAAUGGGCAUGGGGAAGGGGUUAUCUGGUGUAGGUGCCACUGCUUCCUCCUCCUCCUCUGCCUCUGCUGCUGCGCGUCGCGCUGCUGUUUUGGAUCGGGCUAUGGGGGGAAGUGGAGGGCUGGAUGGGAGGGGGAUGGAGGGGCGAGGGGUGGAUUUACGGGACGGGAGGGGCGGUGCGGGAGGAGGGUCGGGGUCGUUUUUUGACACGGGGCAGAAGGUGAAGAAGAAAGCAGGAUCGGGUGCAGGUUCGGGCGUUGGUUCGGUGCUGGACGGACCUACAGCAGAAACGCUUCGGAAAGUGUUAGAUGAUGACGAUGAUGAGGAGGAGGAGGAUGAGGAAGAGGAAGAGGAAGAGGAGGAAGAGGAGGGGGAGGAUGAGGAGGAAGAAGGGGACGAGGAUGAGGACGAUAGUGGGAGUGUGGUGGAUCGGAGCAUAAACGCCCCUCCUUACAAACGGUCAGCAACCGCUUCGAAAAUUUCUCGGGAGGAACUUUUCCACCUGCCCGUGCCCGAUCCCAGCCAAUACAAUCGCUCGAGAAGCGUGCCGAAAUCCCACGAGCGCCUUAAAGGGGGCAGAGGCGGGGGGGAUGGCGGAGGAACUUCGGCAGAAAAAGGCGAGCGGGGGGAGAAAGGAGAAAGGGGAGAGAGGGGCGAGAGAGGCGAGAGAGGAGAGAGGGGGGAGAGGGGAGAGAAGGGUGAGAGGAGAGAACGGGUGGGGUUGAGCCGAGGGGGGAGCGCAGGCGGGCCCACCAAGACCCUCUUUCUUGAAGCCAGUGGCGCUUCCUCUGCCGGUUUUGGCCUCUCCCUCUCCCCUCGAGGCGGCGACCGAGCAGCACGAGGAGGAGAGAGAGGGGGGGAUAGAGGAGGAGGGGCAGCAGCGGGCGGCGGAGUGGGCGGCGGAGUGCUGACGGUGUCCAAGCCAUGGAGCCCGCUGCCUCUGACGGCGUCCACCCAGCUGGGGGGAGCGCGGGGAGCCAAGUCGUUCACGGGGGGGUCGGCGUUCCUGGAGUCGCUUCCUGAGGAGGACAAGAAGCUUAUUCGCGGCUUCAAGGUGCGUGCAGGGUUCAAUGUCGAGUGGCACAAAUCUUUAUGGUUGAGUGUUGAGUCCACGGUGCACACGGCUCCACACUCCCUCUCCACCCCUCUCCACCCCUCUCCACCGCUCUUCUCGCCUCUCUCGUUUACCCUCUUCUAUGCUGCUCUCCCCUUCCCCUUCCCCCCCAGGUCCUAG